AUGGCCCCGCAGCCCACAGGUAGCAGGAAGCGGAGAGCGUCGUCGGAACCAGCGUUCGUUGGGGCGGACAGAGAGGAGCGCCUGCUGCCCAAGAAGCAGAAGGUACCGGAGACGCGUCGCUCGCUGGUGCACUACCUGAAGGAGCGAGAGGUGGGGGCGCGGGAGCGCGCGGUGCUGUCGGGCUUCGAGGGCGAGUUGAGCAGCCACGCGGUGCGGAGCCUGCCCGAGUUGCUGAAGGAGAAGCCCGUGGUCCUGGGCACACUCAAUAAAGUGUUCGCAUCACAGUGGCUGAACGCCAGGCAGGUGGUGUGCGGCACCAAGUGCAACACGCUCUUCGUGGUGGACGUGCACUCGGGCCACAUGACGCGCCUCCCCCUGAUGCAGGACAGGGUGCCAGAGCUGCACCAGGCUCAGCAGAACUGUGGCAUUCAUGCCAUUGAACUGAACCCCUCUAAGACCCUUUUGGCCACCGGAGGCGAGAACCCCAAUAGCCUGGCCAUCUACCAGCUGCCCACCCUGGACCCUGUGUGCCUGGGCGACCAAGAAGGCCACAGGGACUGGAUCUUUGCUAUUGCCUGGAUAAGUGACACUGUGCUUGUGACUGGUUCCCGUGAUGGCACGGUGGCUCUGUGGCGGUUGGAUCCUGACAUUUUCAAUGACUGUGUUGCAUGGCGCAAUGCAAUGGGGUUCCCAGUGUACUCCCACAUCUGUCCAAUGGAUAUGGAAGCCAUCCCCAGGACCAGCACCAACCCCAGGAACCGCAAGGUGCGUGCCCUGGCCUUCAACAGUAGGAAUGAGGAGCUGGGGUCCAUUUCCCUGGAUGGCUAUUUCCACCUGUGGAAGCCUCGCAGCUUCCUCUCCAGGCUGCUGUCCAUCCGGCUGCCCUACUUCCGAGAAAACGUGUGCCUGACCUACUGCGAUGAGUUGUCCCUGUAUGCUGUUGGCUCGCAAGCCCACGUCUCCUUUGUGGACCCGCGCCAGGCACACCACAACAUCCGGCCCCUGUGCUCCCGGGAAGGGGGUACCGGAGUGCGUUCCCUGAGCUUCUACCAGCACAUCAUCACCGUGGGGACGGGCCACGGCUCCCUGCUCUUCUAUGAUGUCCGAGCUCAGAAGUUCCUGGAGGAGCGAGAGAAGGAUGUGCCGAAUUCCUCUCCAGGCACUGCCCGGAAGAAGCUCAAGCUCACCUGCGGCAGAGGCUGGCUCAAGCACGAUGGCCCCUGGGUCAACUACUACGGUGGAGUGGAUGAAUUCCCCAAUGCGCUCUACACCCACUGCUACAACUGGCAGGAGAUGAAGCUCUUCGUGGCUGGGGGGCCUCUCCCUUCUGUGCUCCACGGAAACUAUGCCGGACUGUGGAGCUAA